AUGUCGAGCAGCGCGUCGCGCGCCUCGUCCGCCGCCAGGCUGCGCAGGAUCGAGUUGGGCACCUCUGAUAUUCUAGUGGGUCGUUUGCCGUCUCUUUAUGCCUGCUACUGCAUGCCAGCGCCGAGUCGUAUCUCCGUCCUGCGCUCCCCGCGCGCUGCUCGUGCUCCGGGCUUCCGCGGGACCUCUGGCUGCCGGCGCCGCGCGCCGCCCUCGCCGCACGUAUGCAAAUGGAUCGUCGUCUGCGCGCUAUUCACGGAGCUGAAUGGGAAAGUGGCGAAAACACGCCUCACCCGCAUCGCUCGGCGCUCUCCCAGGACGCGGAGUCGAGUCGAGCAAGUAUCCGACCCCGCCGUCGCUGCCGCCGCCUCCGCCCCAGACAUCACCACUCCCACCGCCGCUUCUGGCGGCCUCGCCGACGAUGCUCCGACCCCCUCACACGUGACCGUCACCGUCACCACCGCCGUCACCGCCGCCAUCACCGCCGCUGUCACCACCGACGUCAUCACUGCCGUCACCGCCGCCGUCACCUCCGCCGUCACCGCCGUCCCCACUGCCGCCGCCGACCCCCUCACGUCAUCGCCGCCGUAA